AUCUCUGGCUCUCUCUCUCUCUCUCGCCCCCUCUCUCUAGAAUCCUGUUUUUGCUCGACAGCUUCAUUCAAACCCCUAACACCACAACAAACUCUCACUUGCAUAGCUCCUCUUUUUAUCUGAGAAAAAUUUAUUUCCAAGAAAUUACCUCUCGAUUCUCUCUUUAUUACGAUCCUGCCCCUCUUCUCUCCGUUUUAUUUUUUCAUCUUCCCUCGAAAUGCCUCUCCGCUGCCUCGUUGUUUACGCCUCGUCGUGAAUUGCUCGGGGUUGAAUCAAUCUCUGGUUGGAUAACAGCUUAGGGCGCCAUUCUUUACUCACUGUUCUAGAAGUUUCUCUGAGGUUGUUCUCUAGCUGACAAUUUGAAACCUGAAUCUGGUAAGAGUUUUGAGCUUGAAGAACACAAAACGAUAUUUUGAUUGUCUUAGGAGGAUCUAAUGGAGCUGAAAGUUUCAUCUCCGAGACAGAGGGCUCUAUCUCCCACUGAUUGCGUCAGUGAUUCUGAGGAAAAGGAGAUUAGUGAUGAGGAUGAUGACGACCGCAACCAUAAGCAUCGAAGGCGAGAGACACGAUCUCAAUCUUUGGAAAGAGACGGCUCUGAUCAAGUCUUUGCCAGGCCAUACAGAAAGCGAAAUAAACAUUUUGAAAAUGGGCAUUCCUUCAGGGAAAAUGAAUCUCAAGCAAAUGAAACUUGGAGGCAUUAUAAUGUCUCCCCACUGGAGAAAGACCUUUCCACAAAGUUUGAAAGAAGACGUCCUGGUUUACCAUCAUAUCUGCGUGGACCGUUGGAUCAACGAAUCAGGGCAAACCAGGCAUUUUUAGGAGACACGGGUUCUGGUAGGGGAAGAGGAAGGGACUCUGGUUCCUGGACACGCGAUUCUAGGUUUGGCUCUAUUGAGAUUGCAUCUCAAAUGGUUCAGCCAGGGCCGAUGGCGCCACAUCUCUUUGGUGGAAGGGGAUUGCCUAAUGUGUCAACCACACAGAGCGCAUCCUGGACUGCCUUUGGAAUACUUCCUGGGGUACCAAAUGGUGGGUUGGAUACACUCCACUCCAUCGGGUUACAAGGAACACUCAGACCACCAAUUAAUUCUUCAUUAAACAUAGGCAUUCCUCGUCAGAGGUGUAGGGAUUUUGAGGAACGUGGAUUCUGUCUUAGAGGAGAUAUGUGCCCGAUGGAGCAUGGUGUCAAUCGUAUUGUUGUGGAGGAUGUUCAGAGCCUCUCCCAGUUCAACCUUCCUGUUUCACUUCCAAGUGCUCAGCUAUUGGGGCCGCCUGCUGGACCUGGACCCCUUCCUUCAGUUGGUGCUCCUUCAACAUUGAUUAACAACAAAGGAGCGCAUAGCAAAGGUAGCAAACCUGGAUUGAACAAUGAUGGGUUGGAACUAAGUGAUACAUAUCCUGGUGCAGCUGGCGCUGAUUUCUACGACCCUGAUCAACCCUUGUGGAAUAACAAUGGUCCUGAAACUUCGGCUUCACUUGCUGCACUGCAUUCACCCAAAAUUGAUGACAUUGAGCCCUCAUUGGAUGAUGAUCGUCAUCAUGGUGCUGACAGUGAAUACCCAAUUAGGAGCACUGGGGCUAUGGGUUCUCAGUCUCUGUCUGUUUGGGGUAGAAUUGGUGGUUCAAAAAGCAAAUUAAAUUCAAAAGAGAAAAUUGAUGCAACAUUAAGUUCCUCAGGUUAUUUUGAAAAUGAAGCUAAGAUGGAGCAAGAGGCUUUAGGUAGUACCCAAGGUAGCUCCCGUCAAGGAAAACGGACUAUUGCUGAUGAUGCUGGUCCAAAAGCCAUGGAUUCAUCUCUCAAGACUCAGAAUGGUGCUAUGCGUAACUUGAGAAAAUCAUCUCAAAAGGCACUGCGAACUCUCUUUGUUAAUGGAAUUCCUCUAAAGAGCAACAAAAAAGAGGCUCUUCUUUCACAUUUUCAAAAGUUUGGGAAGGUCAUUGACAUUUUUAUUCCAUUGAAUAGUGAACGAGCAUUUGUUCAAUUUUCGAAGAGGGAGGAGGCAGAAGCUGCUCUUAAAUCACCUGAUGCUGUAAUGGGUAACCGCUUUAUCAGGCUGUGGUGGGCUAACCGUGAUAGCAUUCCUGAUGAUGGCGUGCCUGUAACUCCGCGUGUGAUGGUAACUGGUUCAGUUCUACCCCAUCAAUCUGUUGUUCAUAGAGGAAAAGAUAAUCUUCAGCCUUCUGUUCCAAAGGGUAACAAUGUCCAUUCUGCUGAAGUUCCCACUGUGCCGGAUCUUCCUAAGCCUGUAAUAACUAAUGUCCCCAAGGUUCCUCCUCUGCAAAAGAAGCUAGAAACUCUUGAGCAGUUGAAGGAGGAGCUCCGCAAGAAGCAGGAAAUGCUGGACCAGAAGCGGAAUGACUUCCGAAAACAGUUGGACAAAUUUGAGAAACAAGCUACUGGGCCCAAGGGGGAGCCAGUGACAGAGCAAGCUGCUAAGAGACUUAAAGUGGGAGUGGCGGCUUAUGCUGCUAAAGUUUCAACCAGUAUGUCUUCUGAUUCAGCUGCUGCUAUGGUGUCACCACACACUGAGGUGCUUGGAGAUAAGAAUAAUUCUAUGGAGAAUGUUGUGUCCCACAGCCAAAAAUCAAACACAGCCAUGGUUUUGCAGGAAUCCACAAGCCUGAAGCCACAGAGCUAUCCAUUGGGAACUUUAAAUACUCCCAGUAUGAUAAAUAGAUAUAAGUUGGACAACCGCACUGCUUCAUUCAGAGUUAUUCCACCUUUACCAACUGGCUUUGCAGAUGUUGUUGUCUUGAAAGGACAUUUCUCAUCUUAUGGUGAUCUUUCUACUGUGGAGUUAGAAGAGUUAGAAGCUAAUGAUGGGAGUAAUGUAUCAGAGGCAUCAAAAAAUUUUGAGGUUCAUGUGACUUUCACAACACGCCAAGCAGCUGAGAGGGCAUUUGAAUAUGGUAAAUGCUGGCAAGGCCAUGAUUUGCAAUUCACAUGGGAGACAUCAAGUAAUUCCAGCAUUUUCACUGGUAGCAGAGAAAGGUCCGUCUCCACUUCUAAGGGACCUGUAGAUGCUGAGGUUCAACCUGUAGAGGAAUCAGGAUCUGUUCUACAUCAGGAAGCUGCUACAUCAGGAAAUAAGGGACCCGAAAAGGCAGAAAGAGAAGGUGGUAUUAAGUCUAUGGAAGUGCAUGAAGUUUUGCAACCUAGUUCAACCCCAGUUUCCAGGGAGAAAGAGCCAUCAAAAGUCAAUUGUUGAGGAUGGGCUGAUCAGUGGGGUCUGUACAGUGAGGUAAAAUGUUUUAAUUCUUCUCUAAUUUCAGUCGUUUUUGCGUCAUCAAUUGCUGAAAUUUCAUUUUGCAAUACAUCUUAUUUCAUGCAUUGGGAUAAUGUAAAAAAGGGAAACUUUCUGAUUUUAAUUGCCACCCGGGAUAAGGGUUGGCUGUGGCAAUUUGUGUUGUCUUUCAGGUUAAAAUGUCUAGGACAAAAGGACAAUGAAUCAAAAAGUUAGUUACAUUGAAAUUAAUUAAAUGGUUCAGAAAAAGAGAAGGGAUCUGAUCCCCGUUCGUAGUUGAGUUACACCAUGCUAGCUGAUCUCAGAAAUUAUAUAUCAUCUCUGUAACAGCAGCUCUACUUUGAUUCCUGUUUGAUGAUGGCAUUCUUGGCCAGUUAUUUCAAUUCAGCCAUAUAUUAAUAUUGGA